UAAUUUUCAUAUAAGUUAAUCAGAUUUAGAAGGUAGUAUAAACCAAUUUUCAUGUAUUAUAUUAUAUAGUGCUCCAUCAUUCUUCAAUUUUGUCAUCAUAUUAUAAGGCUAUCAUCUAUUUAUAGAGACAGAGCAGAAAACCAUGAUUUGGACAUAUUAAAUGUUGAAGAAAGCCAACUUUUGGAAUGAAUUAGAAGAAAAACACAAAUAGACACGUUUCAAGAACAUUUAUGGGGCCAUAUAAACUAUUAUUUUAUUUGAUUUAUGAGGCAUUAUUUCAUCAAUCAUUCAAUUAUUAUUAUCAUUAUUAUUAUUAUUAUUAUUAUUCCUCUCCUUGAUCUCUUCGAGAUUACACAAAAGAAAAGCCAAUCAAACAACCACCACUGUUCACUGUGCAUUCAAACAGACAGGCCGUCCUCUCCUCUUUUUCCUCACUACCUCGUUGUUGGCAGAAACACCCUCCUUUUAUACACCUCUCUCUUUUUUUUCCCACCCUUUUUCUCUUUGUCUUUCCAUCAUCAAGUUUUGAGCUUAUUCAUGACAAAAGUAAUUAUUCCAUUCACUGUGAUUAAAGCUAGCUCGUUGCUUUGCAACAUUUUUUAUAGUACCACAAGAUUGAAUAGAAGCAGCUUUUGAUAAUCCACAUAACUUUACAUACAAAUCACAGAGAGAGAGAGAGAGAGAGAGAGAAAGUUGCAUCACAUGCAAUCCACUUUCACAUGCAAAGCCAAAAUUUGCCUCAGUGACAAGAAAGGCACAAAACCCUCAUCAUAUCAAUGGCGCAGACACUAGUCUUGGUGUGUCCUCAAAUGCACUGCUAUAAGCUAGCACACACAUAUAUAUACCUGCAUCUUCCUCAUUCUACCAAUAUCUGAGCAAUAGAAUUUUAUUAUUGCUUUCAAACCAAAUUGUUGAACCUCAUUGAACCAAAUCUCCAUUGAAAUUAUUUUUUUCUAAACCUAGUAUAUCGCUGAUUAAGAGUCAAAAACUAAUCUUUGAAAUAGUGAUAUCCAAAGGUUUUUUUGUUUAACCAAAACUCCAAAUUCUCUUUUGUGAGGUAUUAUUGUUGUUGUGGAAGCUGCAACAAGUUGGAAAAAGAUGAGAGCAGGAGUUUGCAGCAUACAGCUACAGGCUCUGACAUCAGAGGCUGCAACCCUAGUUAAACAAGCUGUUACUCUUGCCACAAGAAGAGGGCAUGCUCAAGUGACCCCUCUUCACAUUGCCACUGUCAUGCUUGCUACUUCCACAGGCCUUCUCCGCAAAGCUUGCCUUCAAUGCCACUCUCACCCUCUCCAAUACAAGGCAUUGGAACUUUGCUUCAACGUUUCCCUCAACCGUUUGCCAGCAUCCACACCAAACCCUCUUCUGAUAAGUCCUCCAUAUAAUUCCACCACUACUACUCCCUCACUUUCCAAUGCCUUGGUUGCAGCCUUCAAACGUGCUCAGGCUCACCAACGCCGUGGAUCCAUUGAUCAGAACCAGCAGCAACCCAUUUUGACUUUAAAGAUUAAGGUGGAGCAGCUCAUAGUCUCUAUCCUUGAUGACCCUAGUAUUAGUAGGGUCAUGCGAGAAGCUGGUUUCUCUAGCUCCCUUGUUAAAACAAGGGUUGAACAAGCUGUUUCAAUGGAAUUAGUUUGUUCACAGCAACAAGCUUAUUCCAAGGAAAACACCACCGAGCUUCAAGUUCUUGGUGGUGGUACUAGCAGCAUGCCCCCUUCUAGAUCCUUUGGUCAUUUUGGAGGCUCAUUCAAGUCUAUGGAGGACCUUGUUCAUGAUGAUGCUGGUGAUCAUGUAGUAGAUGAUGUAACUAGUCUUUUGAGCGAACUUGUGAGCAAGAGAAGAAACACAGUCAUUGUUGGGGAGAGUCUUGCUAGUCCUGAGGGAAUAGUUAGGGGACUGAUAGAGAAUUUAGAGAGAGGGAGUGUUCAAGGAGAGUUGAGGUUUGUACAAUUUGUGAGUCUCCCUCUUGUCUCCUUCAGGAACAUUGGCAAGAAGGAGGUUGAAAGGAAGCUUGUGGAGCUUAGAAACCUUGUAAAAAGUCAUGUGGGAAGAGGGUUUAUUCUAUACUUGGGUGAUCUGAAGUGGUUGUUUGAGUUCUGGUCAAGUUACUGUGAGCAAAGAACAAACUACUACUGUUCUGUGGUGCAUAUAGUGAUGGAGCUUAAAAAAUUGAUUAGUGGAAAUGGGGAGAAUGGUAGAUUGUGGCUUAUGGGGAUUGCAACUUUUGGAACAUACAUGAAGGGCCAAGCAUGUCACCCCUCCCUUGAAACUAUUUGGGAUCUUCACCUCUUUACAGUUCCAGUGUUACUAUCAUCCUUGAGACUUGGUUUAACUUUUGAUAGUGAUUUUCAAGUUCAGGAGAGAAGCAAGGUAACAUUCAAGGACGAAUCUUUUGAAGAACGAGCCAAAGUGCGCAAGUAUCUAACUUGCUGCAGAGAUUGCUCAUUAAAUUUUGAAAAAGAAGCUAAAAGCACCACUAAUAGUAUUACUAUAAGCAAGAGAGAUUGCACCACUAACUUGCCAACAUGGCUCCAAAAUUGCAAGGAAGAGAGAAGUCGCAUCAUGGAGAAUCAGGAAAAUGCUAAGCUUAGGGAUAUUUGUAAGAAAUGGAACUCAUUUUGCAGUUCAGCGCAUGGAUUUCCUUCCAAUCCUGAGAAACAAUUUUUUUUCAUUUCAUCCUCUCCUUCAUCCCCUACUUCAGUCUCUUCACAUGAAAGAAAGCUUAGUUUGAAUCUGAAACACCUAAAUUGGCCACUCAUUUCUGAACCAAAACAAGUACCUAAAGAAUGUGAGUUAUACACUGAGACUACUGUUAGUGAUGAUUCCUAUGAAGGAAACUUGAUAAUGUUCAUGCCAGAGAAGAACAUUCCUAAGCCAGACCUUUUGUCAAAUCCCAAUUCUAGCCCCAAUUCUGCUUCUUCAAGUGAGGCAGUGGAAGGUUUGGACAGCACUCAAAUAUUCAAGGAGCAUAAUGAUGAAAAUCUGAAGAUUCUCUGUGAUGCAUUGUUGAAAAAGGUUUCACAACAGAAAGAAAUAGUUAAGGAGAUUGCAAGCACUGUGCUUCUUUGCAGGUCAGGAAUGAGAGGAGUGAAUCACUUAGUGAAGAGAGAUGAUAGGCAAGAAAUUUGGUUUUUCUUUUUAGGUUUGGAUUCUCAAGCAAAAGAAAUGGUCUCAAAAGAGCUAGCUAAAGUUGUUUUUGGCUCUUACAGUAACUUUGUUUCCAUUGGUAUAAGUAGUUUCUCUUCCACUCAUGAGGAGUCCAAAAAUAAAAGACCAAGAGAUGAGUUUGGUGGCAGUUAUCUUCAGAGGUUUGGGGAAGCACUGAAUGAGAACCCUCAUAGGGUGUUCUUCUUGGAAGAUUUGGAGCAAGUUGAUCAUUUUUCUAAAAAGGGUGUUAAGAAAGGAAUUGAAAGUGGAACUAUAACCCUUCCUGGUGGUGAAUCUGUGCCUCUCAAGGAUGCAAUUGUCAUUUUCAGUAGUGAAAGCUUCAGUUCAGUGCCAAGAGCUUGUUCUCCUGCAAGAACCACUUCUCCAUUUUCCGAUGAAGACAUGGAAAAGAAUAAUAUUAACAAAUCAGAGGAGAAAACUCCAUGCCUCUCUUUGGAUUUGAACAUGGCCAUUGAAGUUGAUGUGCAAAAAAAUGUGCAUUUAGAUGGAGACACUGCUGAGAUACUAGAGUUAGUUGAUAAGCAAAUUAAUUUUAAAACAUGAGAGGGAAAAUAUAGUUUUCAAUAUGUUUUAUUCUUUUUCGGGUGAUAAUUUUGUUAUAUAUGUUUUCCACUUAUUUAGUGUUGCUUAGUUAGACACUUGGUGAGGGAAAGUACGUAAUACAAAACUGUUAGAUAGAGGUACAGUUUUAUGUGUAAUUUACAAGCUUUGAUGGGGUUGGUACACCUAGGAGAUCAUGCAUCUGUAUAUAUGUUAAGUAAUCUGAUAUUUUUUCUUCAUGUGAUAGUGUGGCUGUUGUUUUAUGUUAAAAACUAAUAUAAAUCAUGGAUUUUCAUGAAAU